AUGCCAUAAUUUCAUGAAAUGUUAAAAGAAUACCAACUUCUUUAUAAAGAAUAAUGUUCUUCGUUUAUUAAAGACAGUCACACAUUAUGGCCUAUCAGUGCCAAAAAUGGAGCAGAGGAAGCAUAAAAUGUGUUCAAUUUAGGAUGGGAUUUAGAGACGAUAAUUUCAAAUUGGCAAAAUGAAAAAACAUUACUUCCUGAUGAAUAUUAAUAUGAGCUAUAUUCAUAAUUGAUUAUAUUUACAAUCAUAUUGAGUGUGAUAGGUGUAAUCAUUUUAUUAUGUUGCUGUUAAAUAUUUUGUAUUCCAAAGUAUAAGGUUUUCAUGAGAUGUUGUUACAUUAAUGUUGAAACAGAUACCAAAAGCACUUUUGAAAAAUACUUUCUCUUUUUUGGUAUAAUCCUAUUGAGUUUAAUGUUGUGUACAGUUUGUGGGUUAUCUUAUACAGAUAAGUAAAUUGAAAGUAGUUUGCUCUAAGUCAAAUGCAUAUCUUUAUGGAUGAUUGAGAAUACAAUAGAGUAACAAAACGAUUAGGGAUGGUAAAAUGAUUGGUAAGGCAUUUUGUACAUUAAUAAACAGAUUAAAUCGCUCUCUUAGGAACUAUCAGACUAAUCUCGAUAGAAUGCUAUUAACUAAUUAAGCUAAAUUAAAACCAAAUAAUUACAAUAGCAAUAUAAAAUUGAGAAUCAAUAUCUAUCCGAUUUAUACGAAUAUAAUUUUGAACUUAAAUUAAUCAACCCUAAUCCUUACAGUAACUAGCAACAAAUUAGCAGUAAUUUUAUUGAGUAAAUUGGGCCAAGUAAUUAAUUAGGAACUGUCACCAAUCUCCUAUUAGAAGAAUUGUCAUCAAGAGAUUAAGCAAUAUAUUUAAUGAAAAUAAUUAAAUCUAAAUCGUAAUACAUUAACAUUAGUUAAAUAAUAGAAAAUCUUAAUCAAAGUUAAUCAUAAUUAAACGAUUUCUCAUAUAACAUUAUUAAUUUAUUAUCUAAACUUGAAUAGACAUUGAAUACCAAAAGUUGGAUUUUCGAUUCAGGAGUGACUGCUUAUAAGAGAUUUUUAAUAAUUACUUGUACCACUACUGUUAUUUUACUAUUCUCCUUUUCAUUAGUGACUUGGUUUCGGUUUUAGAAAAUGGGAUUUCUUCUGCAUAUCUCUUGGAUUGCUCUUGCAGUACUAUUAAUAAUAGGAUUUAUUAUUUUGAUAUUUGUUUAUUAUGUUUCAUUGAUAAACAAUAAUAUGGUUUGCAAUUUGGCUCAUGGUGUGAUUCAUGAUAAAAAUGUGCUGAAAAGAAUCAUUAAAAUUAUGAAGCCAACUAAACAUUUUAUCAAAACAAAAUCCUUCUUUCAAUAGGUGGAGGUUUGUUUAUACCAAAAUGGGGAUUUUGUAUCAUAUUUUGAUUUGAAUUAAACCUUCUAAAAUAUUAUUGAUCUUGAUAGAUCAAUUUAGGAAUUCGACAAACUAUCGCAUUCCAGAAAUGUUAUUAAUUUCUAUUAAUCUGUUAUAUCCUCAUACUUCACUAACUAUAGUUUAGUGAUAAAUACGGAUAGUGAUGAUAAUCCAUAGAAUGUGUUAAGAAAUAUGAACAAUUGGACAGACUACAAUAUUGACAAAUCAAUGUAAUUAAUAUUUGGAGGAUGCAGAGUUUCCUAAGAUGAAUGGGAAUGGAAAGACAAGGAUUGCAAAUAUUACAAAGCUGAUCUACUCAAAUUAAAUUUCUAUAGUAAUCCUCAUCGAGAAUUCGGUAUGGCCAUUUGCUUAAUAUUUGAUUCAUGUGAUGAAGACUUUGCUAAAUAAAGGUACAUUGAACAAUAUAAGAGAUGCAAAACGAAAAAUAAAGAAAGCAUAUCAUAAAUAGUCUUAAAGUAUUUUGACUAAAUCAAACUAUAUAUUGAUUCAGUUAAUAGUACUUUUAAACCAAUUUUAGCUAAUCUAACUGAAUAUGAAUAAUUAUUAACUAAUCUAGACAAUGAGAUUAAAUAACAAAUAGUCAAUUUGACUUACUAUGGAAGUCAACUUAACUUAAUUUUUCAUAAAACUCAGAAUCUGACAGACACUUUGAAUUGCUCAUAUAUCAAACAAGGAACUAUUAGAUUCAAAAAUACAUUCUGUACAACUCUCUUAAAUGGAAUGUUCUUUAUGUAUAUUUACUUAAUUUCAAUCUGUACUCUUUUGAGUUGUUUGGGAGUACUCUCAGUGUGGUCAGCUAUGAGAUGCAUACCUAAAUCAGAAUAACAUUAGGUCUUUUUAGAAGCAGCUAUUGGGCCUAUGCAAUAAAGAACCAUUCAAAGAAAAAGUUUAGACGUGAAUUGA